GCAGCCACAGCCUGGGAUGCAGCAACCACCUGGGAUGCAGCCACAGCCUGGGAUGCAGCCACAACCUGGAAUGCAGCCACAGCCUGGGAUGCCGCCACAACCUGGGAUGCAGCAACCACCCGGAAUGCAGCCACAGUUUCAACAACAACAACCCCGACAGCAAUUUGUGCAGCAACAACCCCCUAAUGGGCAACCACAGUUUCAACAGCAGCAAUAUCGACCACCUAUACAGCAACAGUCUCAGUUUCAGCCAUACCCUAGCAGUGCUCCCCAGCCAAAUAACAGUACACCUCCGGCUCAAGUGACCAUAAGCCAGGGUGGCUCAACACCCUUUAGUCAGCCUAGGGCUGCCCCCCUUGGGUAUCCUCACCACCCUACUUCUACCCAGGUAUCCAUACAGCAGUCUACUUCCCAGCAUGCACCGCUACAACAUCCAACUACCCAGCAUGCACCACACCCUAUUUCCUCACUUGCUCCACCACAGAGCUCUGUGAGCCACUAUGCGCCCAUGUCACAGCACAAUGGAAGCCCAGUUAGUUCAAAUCCUCUCACAGUACCACCUUACCCAAUUUCAUCCCAACAGGGAUAUCCAGGCUUUUCACAGAGUCGACCUCAUGUCCAGCCUCCUGCAGGUAUCAUGUCACAAUCCAAUCAGAUUCCUGUCCCUCCUCAAAGUGGUGCUUUACCUAUAAGGCCCCCUCCUGGCAUGCCCCCUGGUCCUGGUGGAGCACCACCUACCCAAUAUAGACACCCAGGUGGCAGCACUAUAACAACACAGUACCCAAGGCCGCCACAACCUCAAGUGACAUCUGGUGGUGGAUUUCAUUUACCUCCUCCAUCUCCUGGUGGAAUUCCUCUCCCUCCCUCUCAACCUCCUCCCCCUAUUGGAAUACCUACACCCCCUAGAGGUAUCCCGCCUCCAAUGAGUACACCCUCAAACCCCCCACUGGGAACUUCUUUGCAAUCCCAUAAUUCAAAUCAAAACCCUACACGAUACCCAGCUCCAAGACUCCCAAUGCAUGUUGGGCCGAAUUCCACACCUCCUGUGCCCUGUUCAACCAAUCAGCUGGAGAGAUGGUCAGAACCAGAUAAGGAAGAAAACAUAAAAAGGGAGGACAUUAAGGAAGAAAACAUAGAUGAUGAUAUGGAUGAAUAUGGACAAAAGCUUCUGGAUGAAAUGGAAAAUAAACCCAUAAAAUCUGAAGACAUUAGCAAUAAAUAUGAAAAUGAGAACACAGAUGAAUAUGGAAAUAAAAUUGAUGAGUAUGGAAAUAAAAUUGAUAAUACAAUUGAACAAUAUGAUGAAUAUGGGAACCCAUUGAAUGAAGAUGAUGUUGAUGAAUAUGGGAAAGCUAAACAGAUGAAACUAGAUGACAAAAACGAUACAAAAAAUGUGCCAAAUGUCGGAAAACGAGUGAUACCUACCAGCAUAUCAAAUAUGAUGGUUGGCGUGAAAAAGGAGGCCCCUCCAGCGAAGAAGGUUCCAGUGGCACGAUCCGAAGUCUUUGAAACUGUUGAUGAGGUCAAGAAGGAGAAAAAAGUCUCUCCCCCAGAUGAUGCAGACACAAAAGAAAUCAUCGAGAAGUUGGCCAAAUUUGUCGCAGAAGGUGGCCCACAGGUUGAGGAAAUUGCAAAGAAGAAUAACAAAGACAACCAAGCAUUCUGGUUCCUUUAUGAGGAGACCAGUAAAGCGUAUCGUUACUUCAGACAAAUGGUGACUGAAUACAAGGCAGCUGAACAGACAGAAAAGGCUGCAGAGGGCGACACUGAGGAACAGGAAGAGAGUAAAGAGCAGAGAAGGAAGCGUAAACGGAAAAGUCGAUGGGGGCCACAGGAGGAAACAACCCCUGUGGCUAUCCCUGCCAACCUGGGGGGUAUAUCAGCCCCAGGGGUUGCGAGUGUUAGUGCACUAGGAGCACCUGGUGUUGUCAAUGUGGCACAAUUAGGGGGCGCACAAUUAGGGGGCUCUAUAAACCCUCCUCUUACAGCCGAACCAACACUGGCAGGUUUUCAGGCCAAUGUGAUGCAAAUUAGUCAAAUGGCAAAUGCAGCGUAUGCCAAGCGAGUGACAGGAAGUGAUGAAACGCUGGACUUUGAGCAAAUGAAACAGAUUCAAGAACAGCAACAGAUGAAUGCUAUGGUUGAGUACAUGAAUGCUAAAAAGAAAGCCAUGGAGGCUCAAGCUAAAGCCUUGGAGGCUAACAUGAGGAUUAAACCUAAGUAUGAAUAUGAUUCUGAUGAGGAUACAGAGGGAGGCACGUGGGAGCACAAACGCCGUGUAGCAGAGAUGGAUGCUACAAAAGAAUGGGCUGUAAAGUUGACGGAGAUGAGCAAAGGAAAGCACCAUAUUGGAGACUUCCUUCCCCCUGAUGAACUGGAGAAGUUUAUGGAAACAUUUCAGGCAUUAAAAGAAGGACGUGAACCAGAUCUGUCAGAUUACAAGGACUUCAAGCUGACAUGUGAGAAUGUUGGCUUUAAGAUGCUGGAGAAAAUGGGCUGGAAGGACGGUGAGGGUCUCGGAAAUAAACAACAGGGCAUCACUGCUCCAGUUAACAAGGGGAAGACAUCAUUGGAUGGUGAGGGACUGGGGGUGUCCAAGAACAACACACUAAAGGCAGAUGAUGAUGAGUUUGAUGCUUAUAGGAAACGUAUGAUGUUGGCAUACAAGUUCAGGCCUAAUCCAAUGAAUAAUCCCAGAAGGCCUUACUACUAAAACUACACACAAGUGCAGAUCCAUUCAUUUCGCUGGCUGGGCCAUGUUAGUGUCUUCAAAUGCACCAACCUAGAGCAAGAUUAAUGUAACAGAAACAAAUGAUUCAUUAGAUCUUUUACAUCAUCCUAACUUGGGGCUAUUUGAUAAGGAAGCAUUGGAUAUUGUAUUUAGUUGACCACUAAUUUUCCUGAGCUAUACCUUGCUGAAAUGUUUCAUACUGUACAGAUUUAUAACUACACUCAAAGACAGACAUGAAGAUCUCUUCGUUGUGUUCCAUUACACAGACAAUACGUUUUUGAUACAUUAUAUGGUUAAACUUGUCAGUUUAAGGCUUCUGUAUUAGUAUAAAAAUGGCUAGUUCAAGCCCUAUGCAUAAUGUAAUGUAUAACAUGGAAACAUGGAAUUCAAGCACCCAUCAUUCCAUGGUUGUUGGUUUUAUUUACCACCAAGCUAGUGCAAUCGCAUACAGUUAACUACCAUUUGGAGGGCUUGUAAUUUUUCUCAUCUCUAUUGUAUAAAUCUUGUUGAUACCAAAAAAGAGUACAACACGAUGAACAUGUAUUAAGAUUUGGAACUGGUCUAGAUUUAUCAUGAAUCUAAGUAUAGAAAUGAAUAUUAAGUUGAUUUAACCUGAUGAUUUAUUCAACUCAUUAAUGGUGACUUGUUUGCGAACUACUUGACCUUUGCUGUGA